AAAGGGUAUUUAUGACUCCAACCUAUGUGCUCACAUGCUGGUUUUCAUUUGACCCCUUUUUUUGUUUGUUUGUUUUCCUUGUUUUGUUUUGUUUGUUUUUGAAAAGGAACCACAUCUAGGCAGAGUUUCCCAAAGAUCAGAAGUCACCUGGUCAUAACCUAUAGCACCGGUGUUUUGUGUGAAAUUGUCAUCUGUCACUUGGCAGGCAGCAGUUAUCUGUGUGAGCAUACCACACCCAAUGGAGUGGCUUCCUGUUUAGGAAGCCCUCCCUCACAUGUUUGUCCAGCCUCAGGUCUAUAUGGCUAGCCACACCGAAGAAGCUGUGGCAGUCUUAACAGACUUGGCUUCCACGAAGGAAAUCCUCUCCAAAAAAGAAGCAAUUCCUGGUGACAUUCACAUGUCUGAUAGCUAAGGGGAGCAUCUACUGGGUGCAGCAGGAAAAUGGGGCAAAAGGCCUCACAGCAGGUGUCUCCCAAGGACAACCAGGAGGUCCUUGCCAUGUGUGAGGUGGUCAGCGCAGCUGUUGCCCACGCGGCACAGAAGCUAAAGGAGUACCUGGGGUUUGAGUACCCACUGAGCAGACUCUGCCUGGCAGCAAGUACACUGAGUGAGAUCUUCCUUGUCCACUUCAUCACUUUCUGCCAGGACAGGGGGGCUGAUGAGUGGCUCACCACCACUAAGAUGACCAAGCACCAGGCCUCGCUGUUUGGAGCAGACUGGAUUUGGACCUUCUGGGGACCCGAAAAACAAAUACGGCUUCAGGUGGCAGUGCAGACCCUGAGGAUGGCUUCUCCUCCUCCCCUGAGGGACCCAAAGUCCUGUGAGUCAAGGGGAGAGGAGUCUUGCCCGAAAGGCAGAUUUGGUAGGCUGGAAGAGUUCUGUAACUUGGUGGGAGAGGACUGUUUGGGCCUGAUUAUCGUCUUCAGCGUGCCCGGAAAGCCUAAAGCCAUCAGAGGAGUUGUCCUGGAGAGCGUCAAAAGUGGGAUGGUGAAGAGCCAACUGCCGGGGCGCAAGGCUGUGGAACAGUUUCUGCUGGAGACAGAAGACUAUGUCUCCAUCAAAGAGCUGCUGGGAAACUGUCUGCGUAGAAGAGAUGGGCUGAGUGACAUGGGCAAGGUUUAUAUUAGCAUUCUUUAAACUGGGCGUGUUGCUGAGACUGGUCUGGCAGAUAAAACAGAAAAAAAAUUCAGCAGAGUGGGGUUAAUCCCCAACAUUGACUGAAAGUGAUUGCCUGGGUCAAAACUUGUUAGUGUCACAAUUAUGGAAAGGGAGAAAAAUAAACCACAAAACCUCUAGCUGUGUCUUAGGGAAAACUUAAUUUAGUCUUCGUUUACUUAAAAAUAAAAAAUUAGGCGAGGUAAUGAUAAAGAUAUGCGUAAAUUUUGAUUUGCAAAACUAAAGUUGUCUUUGACUAGUCUUAUGGUCACAAGCGUGCAACGUUACUGAUAUUGUCAGGGGAGCAACGGGUGUAAAGACAUUUGGGCUGCCAGUCUCCCCACGGCCAGUCCUCUGAGCCUCUCCUCCACUCAUGCUCCUUCCCAGCACGUCUGCACCUGAAGGACUUCCAAAGGAUUUUUUAAAAUAUGUAUUUAUUUAUUAUGUGUGCUGUGUUCUGUCUGAAUGUCUGCUUGCAUACCAAAUCUCAUUACAGAUGGCUGUGAGUCAGCAUGUGGUUGCUGGGGAUUGAACUCAGGCCCUCUGGAAGAGCAGCCAGUGCUCUUAACCUCUGAGCCACCCCUGCCCCACUUUCAAAGGAUUUAACUUAGGAUUCAAUUGAGUGUUAGCUUUACCCAUGAUUUACUAAGUCACCUGUGAAAGAAUUCCUUGCUACAAUAUCUGUAUUUGCAGUAAGGAAUGUUUUUUCAAACAGAAAAGUCAUUUUUGCUUAAAAGUCUUCCUGGGCUUAACAAUACGAAGAGUAAUGUCCUUUAUUUAUUGAUCUCAUAUUGGGCCCAUGAUUUGAAUAUAUUACCAUAAUUUGCGCAUAAGGCUCUAAUAAGAAGUAAGUACUUGUUUCUAUUUGUCAAAUCAAGGAUGUGUGUCAUUCCCAAGUCGUGAGCUGUUAACAGAAAGUCAGUCUCCACUUAAGGCUCUGACUUUUCCAGCAAUACAUAAGGUAAAUUUGACUCUUGAGUAGCUGCAAGUGUUGGGAACACAAAGGUGUUCCCCUGCAAGGAAGCUGGUGGUUGUCCUUCCUCAAUCCUGCUCAUGCUCUGCGGCUGCCCUGGUGUGCGGCCCUUGGGAAGCAUGGGCUUAAGUGGUGUGGUGCUGCUGACAGCAUCCCACCCAGUACUGGGGAGGCUGAGGUAAGAUAGCUCUGAGGGUGAGGCCCAACCUGGGUUACGUGGUGAGUUCCAGUUCGGCAAGGGCUACGCAGAGAAACCUGUGUCCAAACAACGUGGACCAAAUCUCUCCACACCCACCCUCCAAGAACACUUAUUCAUUUUUAUGGGGCUUCCCAUGGCCUUGGUCCUGUCUGUGUUUGGAAAUCUGGGGCUCCUGCAAGGCUGGAUGACAUCGUGAUCAUGAUGGCACCAGACGGCAUGCUGGGCUGCCAUCUGAAGUAAGAAACGCAUUUGAGGUUAUGAUCUGUGUCGCUGGAACUCGUCUGUUCUGCGUUCGUUUAGGAAAGCUCAUUGAAGGCCACGGAGUCUGUACCAGGACUACUAACUGGUCGAGGCUGUGUGGGAAGGGAUGAGGUCAAACCUGAAGCCUGUGCUCACUCUCCCAUUUCUACCUACUCCUUCGCUGAGCUGGUUUUUCUCAGGUUGUGCGCUUCUCUGUCAGUCUCCAGCCUUUUCCACCCUGUUCUGGGACUCAGGCAUCCAGUUACAAGUAUCAAGUGGGUUUCCAGCAGUGCCUGUCUGAUUGCCCCUCCUGUGACUCCAUCCUUCUCAACAGGCCAUUGUCACUUCCAGGGUACUUUGGUAAUCCCAUUUGCUUUGUCCCACUCCUUCCUCCACCCCACUGUAUAAAUGUCUUUUCCCUUGUUAAACUAACAGGGUGUGCCAGUUUGACUUCUAGAAUCCUAAUGCCUCCUGUUCUUUUCCACUCAGAGGCUAAGGAUGAAGGGAGUGGGAAGGGUGUGACCCAUACCUACACUCUGGAGGCUGGGGCAGGAGAAUUCCCACAAAUUCAUAUCCAGCCCACACACACACUCUCAAAAACAAACAAAACAAGAUGACAAUACCUAUUUUGUAAUGCUGCUCUGAAAUCCAGAGUCUUUGGUGUUUAGCACUAAUCCAAGCCCACUGAGUCCCUCUCUGCCCAGCACACAGAGAACAUAGAUUCUGUUAUUUCGAUGUGGGCAAAGCCUAAACAGCCUGCUCUUGUUUUCUCUCCACUGAGCCUUGUGUAAACACCGUGCAAGUUUAAAAAACAGCGGCUCCUAAACCCCUCCUGUUCGGAACAGUCACUCAGACAAGUCCUGGGGAAAGGAAGGGAGGAGUUUUUGUGAUCCCCGUGGCAUCUCCUAACUUCAGGAAAGACAUGAGUACACAGCCUCUUCAGCCUUUCUUUUCCGUUCUUGACGCGCAUUCAGCCUGAGCCCCCUCCUUAAGGAAGUUAGAAUGAGACAGAGCCAGAAGCCAAUUCUAUUCUGGAAAUUGGCAGGGGAUCCAGUGUUUAAUACUGCAGCAAAUGAGUAUCAAUACACAUGAUUACUUAUCAAUUAACUUUAAACAAUGUAAGAUGCGACUGAGGAUAAAGGUCAGUGGUGGAGUGCUUGCCUAACAUACGAAAGGCCUCCAUCCCCCGCAUGGAAGAAACAAACAAACCCAACAUUAAGGAAGAUGACUGCUAAUAGAGACCCACAUCUCCUCUCCCAGGCAGCAUGGUAUUUGUGAUGGUGGUUAAUCACAGAUUGUUAACUUAGCUGGAUGUAGAACUGCCAAGGAAAUACACCUCUGGGUGUGACUGGGAGUUUGGAAGAUCUGUGACAGUGUGAGCAGCACCAUCCCACGGACUGGAGGCCUAAGACUGAGCACAAAGGAGGAAGAGCUCAGGCGCCAGCUUUCUGACUGGGGAGGCUGCUCACAACCAGCCUCAGGAUCCUGUGGCUAUGACAAUGCACUG